GGGAAGAUAAACACAGCGCACAUUCCUGAAUCCUUCAUUAGUGUGUCUCCAUCCUGAGUCUCUCCGAGUCUGCUGACAUGCGAAACUGCGCAGCACGCCGCGUUUGUGAACAGUCCCUCGCUAAGAGAGAAACCACGAACAGGAGGGAUAGAGGGAGGGAGAGACAGAGGGAUAGAGGGAGAGACAGAGGGAGCGACAGAGGGAGCGACAGAGGGAGAGAGCGGAGCUGUGUGGGGAAGAAGGAGAGAGACUCACAGUAACAGAGACGUACACAGACUUCAGUCCACCCGCUGAAGCUCCAGCAGAAGGUGGAAAGCGGCGAGUAGAGAAGGUUCUAGAUCAGCGCGUGGACUGUGAAUCGCUGAGAGGCGCUGGUGAAAAGCGGUAGAGGAACUCAGGAAUACUCCCCCCCCCCCCCCGCUCGGUGUGUUUCCAGUAAAAACGCAGAGGCUCAUCUACUCUGGAUUUUACGGGAUGUAAGAUGGAGAACAUUAAAUUCUGGUUACUGGACAUUCUAGAAGAGCUGCUGUCAGACGAUCUGAAGAAAUACCAGUGGUAUCUGACCAACGGCGUGGAAGGUUUCAGACACAUUCCGAAGAGUCUGAUGGAGAAUGCUAACAGAUCCGACACUGUGGACACAAUGGUGGACAGAUACAGCCCAGAUGGAGCUGUAGAGAUCACCCUUAAAAUCCUGAACAGGAUGAACCAGAACGAGCUGGCUGAGAAACUAAGGAGCAACCUCAGAGAAAGUAAUGCAUAUGCACAGAGACAAGCAGAAAAUCAGAACCUCAAAUCAAAAAUCAAAGAGAAAUACGCAACGUUAUAUGAGGGAACCGCAGCAAAAGGGAAGCACAAUCUUCUGAAUGACAUCUACACUGAGCUGUAUAUCGUGGAGGACUGGACAGGAGGAGUGAACACGGAUCAUGAGGUGAUUCAAAUUGAAGCCAGACCAGCGAGACAUGCUGCCACAGAUGCUGCAAUCAAGUUCAGUGAUGUUUUCAGUGGAAGCCAACAUGUUAAAAAAGUGCUGACACUGGGAAUAGCUGGAAUUGGGAAAACAGUCUCUGUUCAGAAGUUUGCUGUAGACUGGGCUGAAGGAAAAUCCAAUGCAGAUAUCGAUUUUGUCUUUAUUAUUCCUUUCCGAGAGCUGAAUCUUCUGAAAGAUAAAGAAUACAGCCUUCCUGAACUACUUCAUCACGUCUACCCAGAGCAGCAACCCUUAAACGAAACUGGGCUUUUUGAUGGUGAAUGUAAGUGUGUUUUCAUCUUUGAUGGACUGGAUGAAUUCAGAAGUCCACUGAGUUUUGACGAGAAGAAAAUAUCAGCAGUAACAGAGAAGGCAAGUGUUAAUGUGCUGGUAACAAGCCUCAUCUCAGGAACCCUGUUUCCAUCUGCUCGUGUCUGGAUCACCUCCAGGCCUGCAGGUGCAGAUCAGAUCCCCUCAAAGCACAUCCACCUGGUGACGGAAAUACAAGGAUUUGUCACUGACCAGCAGAAGGAGGAAUACUUCAGGAAGAGAAUCGGUGACCAGGAUGAAGCCGAUGAAAUGAUCUUGCUCAUUAAAAAGUCAAAGACUCUCUACAUCAUGUGCUACAUACCGGUCUUCUGUUGGAUCACAUACACAGUUCUUCAGCACAUCAUGAAAAAUCGCAAUACAGAAGAACUUAAAUCAUUAACACAAAUGUACACACACUUUCUGACCAUUCAGAUGGAAACAAAGAGGGAAAAGGAUAAUAAAACUCCUCAGAAAGAUACAAAGAACCUGCUGCAGUCCAACAAAACCAUUCUUCUGAAACUGGCUGAACUGGCGUUCAAACAGCUGAUGAAGGGCAAUGUGAUGUUCUAUGAAGAGGACCUGAGAGAGAGCAGCAUUGAUGUCACUGAGGCCUCAGUGUACUCUGGGAUUUUCACUGGGUUCUUUAAAGAGGAAAGUGAGUUUCAGCAGAGGAAGGUCUACAGCUUUGUUCAUCUGAGCUUUCAGGAGUUCCUGGCUGCUGUUUAUGUAUUUCACUGCUAUGAGAACAAGAAGAUGAAGGAACUGAAGAUAUUAAACCCUUGGUACAGCAUCAUGUCUGAGGAUGUUCCACAGGUGUAUACUUAUGAUCUGAGCAGCGAAGGGUCUGACAAUGUGUUUGUUCGCAUAAACAGAAAGUGGUCUAAGAAUGUCCCACUGUAUGAGGUGCUGAUGGGAGCCGUGGAUAAAGCUGUAGAGAGUCAGAAUGGACACCUGGAUCUUUUCCUCCGUUUCCUGCUGGGCAUCUCACUUGAGUCCAAUCAGAGAUGCCUACAGGGUCUACUGACCCCCAAACAGAGUAACACAGAGGAAACCAGAGAGCACAUCAAGAGUUUAAUCAGAAGACAUAAUUGUUACUUGAUCUCCACUGAGAGAUCCAUCAAUCUGUUCCUCUGUCUGUCUGAGAUGAAUGACCAGUCUGUAUCCAGAGAGCUUCAGGAGUAUCUAACCUCAGAGAGACACUCAGAGAAGAAACUCUCUCCUGGACAGUGUUCAGCACUAGCCUAUAUGCUCCUGAGCUCAGGGGAGGUGCUGGAUGAGCUGGACCUGAAGAAGUACAGCACAUCAGAAGAGGGUUAUAGGAGACUGAUCCCAGCUCUGACUGUCUGCAGGAAAGCUCGACUAGCUGGCUGUUAUCUCACCAGUGACUCCUGUAAAACUCUUUGCUCUGCUCUACAAUCAGCAAACACCCCCCUGAAAGAACUAGACCUCAGUUACAAUAAUCUACAAGAUUCAGGAGUGGAGUUCCUCUCUGCUGGACUGAAGAGCUCAGAUUGUGAACUGGAAACACUCAGACUAGUUUCUUGUAAUAUUGGACAAAAGGUUUGUGAAAAUCUAGGAUCAGCUCUACAAUCAGCAAACUCCUCACUGAAAGAACUAGACCUCAGUAACAAUGACCUGCAAGAUUCAGGAGUGGAGCUGCUCUCUGCUGGACUGAAGAGCUCACACUGUAAACUGGAGAAACUGAGGCUAGUUACCUGUAAUAUUGGACAAAAAGUUUGUGAAAAUCUAGGAUCAGCUCUACAAUCAGCAAACUCCUCACUGAAAGAAAUAAACCUCAGUAACAAUGACCUGCAAGAUUCAGGAGUGGAGCUCCUCUCUGCUGGACUGAAGAGCUCACACUGUAAACUGGAGAAACUCAGACUAGUUACCUGUAAUAUUGGACAAAAGGUUUGUGAAAAUCUAGGAUCAGCUCUACAAUCAGCAAACUCCUCACUGAAAGAACUAGACCUCAGUAACAAUGACCUACAAGAUUCAGGAGUGGAGCUGCUCUCUGCUGGACUGAAGAGCUCACACUGUAAACUGGAGAAACUCGGAUUGUCUGGUUGUAUGAUUACAGUUAAAGGCUGUUCUCAUCUGGCUUCAGCUCUGAAAUCAAAUCCCUCCCACCUGAAAGAACUGGAUCUGCGCUAUAAUCACCCAGGAGAGUCUGGAGUGAAGAUGCUGUCUGAGCUAAAGGAGGAUCCACACUGUGCCCUGGAGAUACUCAGGGUGGAGUAUGGAGGGGAGAUCUGGAUGAAACCAGGAAUCAAGAAAUAUGCUGUUGUUCUCACUCUGGAUCCAAACACAGCACAGAGGCUUCUCUCUCUGUCUGAGGGGAACAGGAAAGUGGAGUGGAUGGAAGAAGAGCUGCCGUAUCCAGAUCAUCCAGACAGAUUUGAUAGCUGGCCUCAGGUUCUGAGUGUGGAGAGUCUGACUGGACGCUGUUACUGGGAGGUUCAGUGUAGCGGCCACUAUGUUGAUAUAGCAGUGUCGUACAGAGGAAUCAAGAGGACAGGAGGCAGUGAGUGUGAUUGUCGUUACACCGACAGAAGAAUACGCAGUGAUGAUUGUACGUUUGGAUACAACAAUCAGUCCUGGAGUCUCACCUGCUCUAAUGAUGCAUACGCUAGUUUCUCUUUCCAUCACAAUAAACAGGGAAUAGAUAUACAUCACCCACGUCAACCCUCUCCCAGAGUGGGAGUGUAUCUGGACUGGGAGUCCGGCACUCUGUCCUUCUACAGGAUCUCCCCUGACACACACACACUGACCCACCUCCACACACUCACCACCACAUUCACUGAGCCGCUCUACGCUGGAUUUCUACUUAUUAAUCACUCCUCAGCGCGGCUGUGUGGGACCGAAUAACCUCCUGAUUCCUGGAGAAAAACUAAAACACCACAAACACACUGCCGUGUUUGUCGUAGCAGAUCAUUCUACCAGUAAUAUGAUUACAUUCCAGCUCCAUCUGCAGUACUAAUAAUUUAAUAAAUAGAUAAUAUCCUGUCACUGUUACACUGAUGAAUGAAAACUCUGGGCUCUACUGACAGCUGGUCCCCACAGCCUCCAGAGGACUGACUUUCUGAAUUAAAGCAGUUCAUUAGAUUAUAGUUAUAGAGACUAGAUCAUGUAUCAUAGACUAAAGUAAAACAGUAUAUUUCUAACUUUAUACUAAACUUUUAUUGCUUAUUCUGUUUUACUGUAUACAUUAAAAACUAUGCAUGAGGAUGAUAUUGUUCAUAGAAAUAUAGAUUUAGUAAAUGUGCUUUGUUAUGAUUAAACUGUAUUUCAGCAAUAAUGCUACGUCAUGCCUUCAGACCAAAUUAAUUUAGUCUGGCUUUUACCAGUUUACCUCUGGGUCAUGUCCAGUUCACCCAGUAGCCAGACCCCCUCAGUCGUGAGAUAACACCAGUACUAGGAGGGUGAAGGCUAAGUGCCUCUGGGUCAUGUCCAGUUCACCCAGUAGCCAGACCCCCUCAGUCGUGAGAUAUCACCAGUACAUGGAGGGUGAAGGCUAAGUGCCUCUGGGUCAUGUCCAGUUCACCCAGUAGCCAGACCCCCUCAGUCGUGAGAUAUCACCAGUACAUGGAGGGUGAAGGCUAAGUGCCUCUGGGUCAUGUCCAGGUCACCCACUAGCCAGACCCCCUCAGUCAUGCAAUAUCACCAGUACUAGGAGGGUGAAGGCUUAGUGCCUCUGGGUCAUGUCCAGUUCACGCAGUAGCCAGACCCCCUCAGUCGUGCAAUAUCACCAGUACUAGGAGGGUGAAGGCUAAGUGCCUCUGGGUCAUGUCCAGGUCACCCAGUAGCCAGACCCCCUCAGUCGUGCAAUAUCACCAGUACUAGGAGGGUGAAGGCUUAGUGCCUCUGGGUCAUGUCCAGUUCACCCAGUAGCCAGGCUCCCUCAGUCGUGCGACAUCACCAGGGUGAAGACUCGGUGCUCCAAAGUGUCUAUUUCUAUCAGGGUUUUGUUUGUUUUCUAUCAGGUUUUUGUUCGUUUUCUAUCAGGGUUUCGUUUGUUUUCUAUCAGGGUUUCAUUUGUUUUCUAUCAGGGUUUCGUUUG